AUACUUAAGCGACCUAAUCUAUUUGCCGCCAUUUGCAAUUUGUAAACAAAAACUUCGUCCCUUUCUUUUAUGUUUUCUUGAAGACUGUGUCGAUAUGAUACUGUAUUAACCGUCAACUGAUAAUGUAUAUCAAACAGGUUAUUAUCCAAGGUUUCAGAAGCUACAGGGACCAGACUGUGGUGGAGCCUUUCAGUCCUAAACAUAAUGUCAUUGUUGGCAGAAAUGGGUCGGGGAAAAGUAACUUCUUCUAUGCCAUCCAGUUUGUGCUGUCGGACGAAUUCAGUCACCUGAGACCUGAGCAGAGACAGGCGUUGUUGCACGAGGGAACUGGGCCUCGUGUCAUCUCUGCCUUUGUGGAAAUAAUAUUUGACAACAGUGACAACAGAAUACCUAUUGAAAAAGAUGAAGUCGUGCUUCGGCGUGUCAUCGGAUCUAAGAAAGAUCAGUAUUUUCUUGACAAGAAAAUGGUCACGAAAGGUGAUGUCAUGAAUCUCUUAGAAAGUGCUGGAUUCUCGCGAAGUAAUCCCUAUUAUAUCGUAAAACAAGGAAAGAUUAAUCAAAUGGCAACGGCUCCAGAUUCCCAGCGAUUGAAACUUUUACGUGAAGUAGCAGGCACUAAAGUUUACGAUGAAAGGAAAGAAGAAAGUAAAGUAAUUCUGCGAGAGUCAGAGGGGAAACGAGAGAAAAUUAAUGAUCUGUUGAAGUAUAUUGAGGAAAGAUUGGCAACACUUGAGGAAGAGAAGGAAGAAUUGAAAGAAUACCAAAAAUGGGACAAGAUGAGAAGGUCCCUGGAAUACACCAUACAUGACCAUGAGCUGAGAGAUACCAGAAAGAAACUGGAUGAUCUUCAAGAAAAGCGAGAAACAAGUGGUGUACAGACACAGAAAUUGCGUGAUUCCCAGCAAAAUUCCAAUGACAAAGUCAAGGCUAUCAAUAAAGAUCUUCGAGAGUUAAAGACGAGAAUGCAGACCAUUUUAGAUGAGAAGGAACAAAUCGCAUCUGAAAAUCAAGAUUUAACAAAGAGGAAAGCAAAGCUGGAACUUAAUAUCAAAGACAUCCUUGAUGAUUUAGAAGGUGACAAAAAAGCACGGAAAAAGACCGAAGAGGAGCAAAAGAAAGUGAACGAAAGAAUAACUAAAACACAGGCAUCCUUGGAGGCCAUAACACCACAGUAUGAGGCUCAGCAGAGUCGAGAAGAGAACUGCACACAACAAUUAUCUUUGGCUGAACAGAGACGGAAAGAACUUUAUGCCAAACAGGGACGAGGAAACCAGUUCACAUCAAGGGAUGAACGAGAUAACUGGAUAAAAAAAGAGCUCAAAUCACUUAACCGGGCAAUCAAGGACAAAGAGGAACAGAUCAGAAGAUUGCGAGAAGAUUUAACUAAUGACACAAAAAGAGCAGAACAUUUGAAAGUCAAUAUACAGGAUAUAGGUAGCAAGACGGAUCAGAAUAAAGAUAUCAUAGACCAGAAUCAGAGGAGUUCCACAGACAUGAAGAAGGAGAAGGAAACCAUCCACAAUGAGAGAAAUGCUAUGUGGCGACAAGAAAACAUUAUGCAGCAGGAGCUUGUUGGCAUUCGUGAGGAGCUCAGUAAAAAGGAACAAGCACUUCGAUCAAUGACUGGAAAGGCAAUCUUGAAUGGAAUAGACAGUGUACAAAAGGUGAUCCAGUCUUUCCGAGAUCAACGGAAGUUUCCCGAGGUGUGUGAUGGCUACCUCGGGAUAAUGAUUGAAAACUUGGACUGUGACAAGGCCUUCUUCACCUGUGUAGAAGUUACAGCCGGCAGCAGAUUAUUUCAUCACAUAGUCGACACCGACAGAACUGGCACAAAGAUCUUGGCCGAGAUGAACCGACUUCGGCUGCCAGGGGAGGUAACUUUCAUGCCUCUCAACAGACUGGAUGCCCGAGACACUUCUUACCCCAACAUUAGUGAUGCCAUCCCUAUGAUCAGCAAGCUCAACUAUGAUCAGAAAUUUGCUCGUGCAAUAAAACAUGUCUUCGGCAAAACGCUAAUUUGUCGAAACAUUGAGACUGCAACCCAAAUAGCUCGCACACAGAAUCUGGAUUGCAUAACGCUUGAUGGUGACCAGGUGAGUCGUCGAGGUGCUCUGACAGGUGGAUUCUACGACACCAGACGAUCCAGGCUGGAUCUGCAGAAGAGUAAACUGGAAUUACAACAGAAGCUUGAUACACAGGAAAGAGAAUAUUCAUCUCACAAAUCUAAACUGGAGGUCCUGGAAGCCAAGAUCAACAACCUUGUUAGUGAAAUGCAGAAAACAGAAACCAAGAACAGCAAAAACAGAGACACGUUUGAGAAGAUGAGAGCCGAUCUAAGAUUGAUGACGGAAGAAUUGCAAUCCAUUGAGAGAUCUAGGUCACCCAAGGAAAAGAGUGUAGCCAGUUUACAGACGAGUUUAGAGGCAAUGCAAGGAUCUGCCGCCUCUCUCAAUGAGGAGUUAGGCUCCGACCUUCUGUCUCAACUGAGUGUCGAGGACCAGCGCGAGGUGGACUACCUCAACGACCAGAUCAAACAGCUCACCCAACAGAACAAGGAGGCACUCACAGAGCGCAUACGGUUAGAAGGUGAGAAAAAUAAGCUGGAGAAUCUCCUCCAUAACAACCUAAUGAAGAAGCGUGACCGGAUAAUCCACGAGUUACAGGAAGUGUCGGAGGAAGACCGGCGAGCUAGACUGGAAACGCUAAAUUCUGAUCUUUCUACUGCUGAUGAAAGGAUAGUGGAUCUCAAGAGACAGUCCAAAGAACUGGAUGACCAAUUAGAUAAAAUGAAUAAAGAACAAAAGAAUUUACAAAACAAUUUGGAAUACUGGAAGGGCCAAGAAAAGGACAGUCAUGAAAAAAUCAGCGAUGAUGCAAAAGAACUGGAAAAGAUGACGAAUAAACAAUCAUUUUUAUUGAAAAAGAAAGACGAAUGCAUGCGGAAAAUUCGAGAACUUGGAUCCUUACCCAGUGAUGCUUUUGAAAAGUACCAGAAUUUAAGUUUAAAACAGUUAUUUAAAAAACUAGAGCAGUGUAACCAUGAGCUGAAGAAAUACAGUCAUGUCAACAAGAAAGCGUUGGACCAGUUUGUAAACUUCUCCGACCAGAAAGAGAAACUUAUCAAGAGGAAAGAUGAACUAGACAGAGGGCAUGAGUCCAUCCUAGAUCUGAUGAAUGCAUUGGACCACAGGAAGUAUGAAGCCAUUCAGCUGACAUUUAAACAGGUGUCCAAGUAUUUCAGUGAGAUAUUCAAGAAACUCGCUCCUCAGGGACAUGCAGUGCUGGUGAUGAAGAAAGGGGACAACGAGCAAAAUGGUGAUGAUGACGAUGGGUCACCGCAGCAGGACGUCCCGUUGGUGGAGCAGUUCACUGGUGUCGGCAUCAAGGUGUCGUUCACGGGAAACAGGGCCGAGAUGAAGGACAUGUUACAGCUGUCGGGAGGACAGAAGUCUCUGGUGGCACUCACACUUAUAUUUGCCAUCCAGAAGUGUGACCCUGCCCCGUUCUAUCUGUUUGAUGAGAUUGAUCAAGCUUUAGACGCACAGCAUAGGAAAGCUGUAGCAGAUAUGAUCCACGAAUUGGCUGGGGACGCCCAGUUUAUCACUACAACCUUCCGACCAGAACUCCUACAACACGCUGACAAAUUCUAUGGUGUCAAGUUCAGAAACAAGGUGAGUCAUAUCGAGUGUGUGAGCAGAGAGGAGGCAGAGGACUUUGUGGAGGAUGACUCGACACAUGGAUGAGGAAGUGACUGUCUGUCUAGGCUCCACAAGCGGCUCCGUUCACGCAUCCUGGUCUGGAAAACACUUUCUGCAAUGACAACUUUGUGGCACCUGCCAGGAACUUCUCUACAAAAGGCAGCAUUUUUCUGUUAGUGUGGCACAUGUUGUCUGUGUUCAGGUAACUUAGCCGCUCCAGAGUGGCAUCGGAUCGUUUUAAGUGGCACAGUGGCAUUGGAUUGUUUAAGUGGCACUGACUGUUAUCUCUUAAGUUUAAAGUCAUGUGUAGUUAAUAGUUGUGCCAUGUGACUGAUACUUAUUGCGGCACUUGACGAAAUUACGCAACAUCUUCAACAAAUCUGGGAACCGAUGAAAUCCCUAAUGUCGUAAAAACACUGAAGAUAGCCCCAGACAUAAUCUUAAAUUAUGCCCAAAAGUGGAAGUUGGAUAUGUUACAUAGCGAGUCAGUUAUGUUGAAUAGCAAGUCGGUUAUGUUGCAUAGCAAGUCAGAUAUGUUACAUAGAGUCGGUUAUGUUGCAUAGCGAGUCGGUUAUGUUGCUUAGCGAGUCGGAUAUGUUAAAUAGCGAGUCUGUUAUGUUACAUAGAGAACCUGUUUGGAAUGGUAAGGUACGUGCAUGCUGUUCCUUGUGUACUACUGGUUUUUAUCAUGGAUGUUUUCUAAAGAUAAAUAAUACUGGUUGAAUGUGAUGAAUAGAUUUAAUGUCUAAAAGUAAUUACAUUGAAUGGAAAUGUAUUUGAAACAUGUUUAAACUGAUGUUAAAUGAUAAAAAUCCUUUUCGAAAGUCUUUGAAGAAAAAGAAGUGAAGAUCAUGUAUGUUAAUGAUUUUGAAAGUUUGUUAAAGAAAAAAUUGCAUUUAUCUGAAUACCAUAUAAGGGCAGGAUUUGACAGGAUUAGAUAGAGAGAAAGAGGGAGACAAGAAGAAAAAAAAUGAGAGAAUGGUGCAGUACGAAAGAGAAUUUUCAAUGUACAUUGUCUAUAUGUUCAUCAUAACAUCAUUAUCACAACUCUUCCAUCUGUUUUAAGGACAAAAUAGCUGUUAAUCAUUACAUACACAGGGUUAUUAAUAGCCAAAGCCAUUGAGUAGGGGAGGACCAAAAAUCUCGCUACAAUCCAAACAUCUGUUGUGUGGAAAAAAUUAUUUUAUGAUAUACUGCUUUGGCCUGUAACAGCUUCAGAGAGACUUCAAGUCUCUUGACAAGGCCUUCCAAAACAAGUCCUCUUUUAUAGUUACAGUAUUUGAAUUGUCACUGCAGUAUUUUGUAAGAUUUUUCUUUACUGGGGUAUAUUCCAGUAAAGCUAUUGAGAGAAACCGACAAUUUCAUGUUGAAAUGUUGUUAUAAUACACCUUAUCGGGAAGUGCUGAAAUUUUACUCAUUGAUUAUCAAGAACAGUUAAAAUGAGAAAUGACAGAGAUUGAAUUUAAACAAUGUACUGCCAUGGCUUUGAGCUGUCUGAAUUUAUCCGACAAAUUCUACAUAAAGUUGCUGCAUAUUAAAAUGAAUAUGAAUCAAUUACAGCCAUAAUGGUUUACACAGUAUAAACAAAUUAUUGAAACAGUUGACCGUUUUGGUUUUGUUGGGUCUGAAAGUGAUCAGGUCUAGGAAGGAAAUCGUGUCGCGUGUAAUUAAUGCUUGUUGUCACGUGUGUUUGUGUUAUUGUUGUUGUUGAUAAGAUGGACAGAUAUUUUUAAGUAUAUGUGUAUUAAUUGUUUAUCAUUCAUCUUCAUCUACAUGUAAUGUUUUGUAUUAAAGAGUUGAUUUGAGUUCUCUAUCAAAUCUGUUAGCUUCGUGUCCAAAAUUUAUCAUACUUUUAUCUAUGUAAAUAUUGAAUAAAUAUUAAAAAAGAAUUUAAAUGAAA